ACAUACGGAUGUAUAUAGACAUAUUUUAAAGUGUAGAUUCACUCAUUUUGCUCCGUAUGUAGUCACUUGUUGAAACCUCUAGAAAGACAAAUAUUUAGGAACGGAGGAGUAGAUUAGAAUCGGCCCAGUUGCACCUUCAUUAGAAUCAGCCAAAAAGCUGGCAUCAACAAAGUGUGAUGCAUUUUUUUGGGGGUAAGGCCUAAUCUUUAUUGAUUAAAGACCACAUAGAGUGGGAUAACGUUCACAUUUAAGAGCAAAUCUGGCUAAUCUAUGAGCUUUUACAUACACAUACAAAGUCAGUAACAUUGGACUGGACUACUCAUCUCCCCCACCGCCAUCCACCGCUCGGCCCAGCUCGGCCUCACGUCAGGAACAAUGGGCCUUAGCCCAUCAUUCCUCCAUCGCAGGCCGCAGUAUAUAAAUGGCGAUCCUCCUUUCCACGCCGCCCCCUCCCACCUAGGGUUCCACCAUCUUGUCAAAAGAAAAAGAAAAAAAACUAGGGUUCCACCAGAGAGCAAAGGGGAUCGGGUGUCAGUUAUGCGCCACCGCCUGCCCUGCGCCGAUCUCCCCCCUCUCGCCGUCGCAAUCGCCGUCGGAUGCCUCGAAUGAGGAUCCACUGCUGCUUGCGAACAGGCGACCAAAUAAGCAGCUCCCCCUUUGGGAGCUGCAGCCCCCAAUCGAAUCAGCAAGAGCAGCAGCUCUUUUGGGAGCGGCGGUCCGCAAUCAAGCGGCUCUUUCCGAGCUGCGACCGGCAAUCGAAGCAAUCAAGCGGCUCCUCUCCGAGCCGCAGUCCGCAAUCGAAGCAGCUCCCUUCUUUAGUGGCUAAUCCGGAAUCAAAGCAGUCCUUUCCGGAUUACAAUCAGAAACAGGCCCUCUUUCGAAUUCAGUCUCCGAGUCUCCAUUGGUGGCGGCAACCCAGCAGAUAUAUACAUAUCUGGCCGGGCGGACACCGCGCUUCUCGCAGCCAAUCUUCGGAGGAGACGGCAACUCGUGAGCCAAUUCACGGUGACCAAUUCUUCUCGGGCCUCGACGGAUCUACGCAGGAGCCAUGGGGAAAGGCAGUAGAGAUGAUAUGCUCAGCGCAUUGCCUGACGACAUUCUGGUCAACAUUCUUGACCGACUCAAUGUCCCUGAGGCUGCAAGAACCAGCAUCCUGGCCAGACGGUGGGGUCAGCUUUGCGGCAAGCUGUCUCGGCUUAUAAUAAGCGUGCAGGACUUCCUCCCCGAGGGUGUGUUACACAGCAACGUCUCUGUUGAUGAAUUGGUCCGGACCAAUGCGGCUGUGGUCCAAGCGACAGAGAGCAUACUGGCACGCAGAAAUCCAGGUGAACACACCAUCCGCCUACUAUCUACGACAUUCUACUUGAGAGAUGAUGCCCCCCUAUCCAUCGGACGUGCUGUUGGUCAUGCCAUGGCGACGCACUUGGUUGAGGUUGCCAAAUUCAGUGUUAGGACAGGGACGGAUGACAUUGCUGAAAUAGACAAUGAUGAACUUGUAACCUGUGGGAGAAAAUUCAUGGUGUUCUUUGAUGCUUGUUCAAAUGCAUUUGUUGGUCUCACUAGCCUUGAACUACAGAAUUUGAGAUUUGGUGAAUCGGACAUAUCCAGCAUCCUAGUCUCCUGCAAGCGGUUGAAGCAUCUGCACUUGUACAAUUGUGACUCUGGUGAACACAGCACACUCCAAGUUGAACAUGCUCAUCUCAAUGAGCUUUGUAUCACCCAGUGUCGUCUCACACAUGUUAAGCUGAGCUGGCUCCCUCAACUCACACUGUUGGUCUUUGAUGGUUGGAUAGAUUUUGAUGAUCCACUAUUUAUUGGUCAUGUCCCAUUGCUCACGUCUGUAAGCCUCACAAACGUUGCCCUUAGUUUCAACAAAAUGUUCAAGUUAAGUGAGUUUCUUAGCAGUACCUCUGUACAAAAUCUGAAGUUGGGAUUUAGAUCCGAAAAGAUUUGGGUUCAGCCAGAAUGUCCAACUCAAAGUCUGGCAUCUGUCUUUUGCCAGCUAAGAUUUGUGAAUCUGGUUAAUCUUCCUGAAGGGUAUGAUCUCACCUGGACAAUGUUUAUUCUUGAAGCUGCACCCUUACUGAAGGAUCUAUACAUCACAGUAUGGGAUCAUGCGUGUUCAAUGGAGAUGGAUGAGAAGAGGAAAAAAAAAUUAUAUAGUGAGGACAAGGGUGUAGAGUGGGACUCGGCCACAGCUGAUUUCCAACACCGCAGUUUGGUUACACUUGUCAUCUGUGGCUUUGAAUCUGAAGAUUACUUUGUGAAUUAUGUCAGACGUGUUAUGGCAGCGGCCGUGAAUCUAGAGGAUGUGUUCCUGUAUAGUAGGUUGUUGUGUGCUAACUGCAAAGACGAAAAGCAGGUCAGGUUCCCCUGGACUAAAAGGCAGAGGAUUUCAUUGAAGAAGAGAAUAACUGUGGGGAUUGAGUCCUUUGCCAUAAUUCACUCCAACAAGAUGGUAAGGGAUGAUCAUCAAGCAAAAAUUCUGUACCCGGAGUGCUCACGGUUUGACACAAGUUGCUGAUUUAACAUUGAAGCUGUUGGAAGUGUUAGUUACUCCUCAAUGGAGAUGGAUGAGGAGAAGAGGAAAAAAGAAUCAUAUAGUGAGGACAAGCUGAUUUCCAACACCUCAACUCCUUGAUUUAACAUUGUUGGAAGUGUUGGUUACUUUUGUUAA